UUCUACUAAAAAUACAAAAAUUAGCCAGGCACGGUGGGACGCACCUUUAAUCCCAGCUACUCAGGAGGCUGAGGCAGGAGAAUCGCUUGAAUCGGGGAAGCGGAGGUUGCAGUGAGCCGAGAUCGCGCCACUGCACUCCAGCCUGGGUGACUCCCAUCUCAAAAAAAAAAAAAAAGUACUGGAGGUGUCCUGUUGUCUUUGUUACUGUGAAAGGAUGCCAUGGGUUGUAUGGGCAAAUGAGUUGGUUUUGUUUGAGGCAGAGUGGAAAAUAAGAUUAGGCUCAGUCCAUGAGCCUAGCACUCAACAGAUCUUACUUUGGCUGUUCUGGCUGUGACUUGGGACUUCUUUUUACCAUGGUCUGCUGUAAACACAGAAAAACCCAGUGCCUAACAGUUCAUGCUGGAGUCUUGAGCGUUGAGGGAGAAUCACUGGACUCGAGAGAGAAAGUUUGUUUGUUUGUUUGUUUUUUGAGUUGGUCUCACUCUGUCGCCCAGGCUGGAGUGCAGUGGUAUGAACAUAGGUCACUGCAGCCUUGACCUCCUGGGCUCAAGUGAUCCUCCCAUCUCAGCCUCCCAAGUAGCUUGGGACCACAGGGUUGCACCACCGUGCUCAGCUAGUUUUCAAAAUUUUUGUAGAGUUAAGGUCUCAUCAUGUUGCCCAGGCUGGUCUCAAACUCCUGAGCUCAGGAAAUUCUCCUACCUCAGCCUCCCAACGUGCUGGGAUUCCAAGUGUGAGCCCCUGUGCUCCACCAAGAGAAAAACUCUUUGAUUGCUAGGAAGUUGGGAUAAAGAAAUUGUGCUGUGAUCAAGCCACCUUCUGUGUCAUAGAACCAAAAGAAGACCGCCUGCUAUGGCAAGAUGGCCUAAUUUUAUUCCUGCCUCAUACUAUCAUGGAUAAUCGUUUUCCUUUCUCUAGCAGGUUUGUGUCACUGGGAGUACUGGGAGCAUUAUCCUGUGUUGUGCUGGGGUUAUACCAAGCAGUGUUAACUUUAUUUAAAGAAUUCAGGCAGAAAGAUUAGAGAAUUUCAGUAGCAAUUGUAUAUAGUAAGCAAUACAGUAACCUUAAUAAAAAUUAAUGGUGGCCAGGCGCGGUGGCUCACGCCUGUAAUCCCAGCACUUUGGGAGGCCGAGGCGGGCGGAUCACAAAGUCAGGAGAUCGAGACCAUCCUGGCUAACACGGUGAAACCCUGUCUCUACUAAAAAUACAAAAAAUUAGCUGGGCGUGGUGGCAGGCGCCUGUAGUCCCAGCGACUGGGGAGGCUGAGGCAGGAGAAUAGCGUGAACCCAGGAGGCGGAGUUUGCAGUGAGCGGAGAUCGCGCCAUUGCACUCCAGCCUGGGCGACAGAGUGAGACUCCGUCUCAAAAAAAUAAAAUAAAUAAAUAAAUAAAUAAAAAAUAAUGUGUAUUUUAUCAAUUCAGUGAUAAAGCAGACCUUUGUAAACUGUCUAGCUUGUGGUGACUGAUUGAGGGUAUCAUGAAGCUCCGCGCCCCCCCACCCCCCGACAUACUCGUUCAUCCUCCUCUGUCCUAAAGCGUACUUCUUUGGAAAAGUAGAGACGUUUAUGUUAGUGUACACUAGAGAUGGUAAACUAUGCCUUGUGGGUCAAAUCGGGCCUGCUGCCUGUGUUUGUAUGGCCUGUGAGCAAAGAAAGGUUUUUACACAUUUAAAUGGUUGGAAAAAAUAUUUAAAGAAUGCUAUUUUUGGACACAAAAAAUUGUAUGAAAUUCAAAUUUAAAUGUCUGUAUCUUUUUAUUGGGACACAGCCACUGCCAUUCCUUUAGCUUUUGUAUGCAACAGCUGCAGAGUUGACUAUUUGAGACACGUUGUAUGGUCCCCCCAAACUGGAGCUGUUUCCAUUCUGGCCUUCUACAGAAAGUAUUUGGACCCUGGCCUAGAUAAAUCCUGGCUGGUGGUUAUGUUAUGUGAAAUGUGCACACUGUAAAAUAUAGGCCUGUAUGAUUAAAAUUUUUGAUUUCAGCUACUGUUCAUAGUCGAUUUAAAGGGCAAUUUAAUUUACAGCAAAUCCAGUUUCUCAGAGAUUUGUGUUGGGGCUUUGGCAGCAAAAAAAAAUCCUAGGAGUAAUCUUGAGAGUUCCAUGCCCCCUAGUGGAUUGCUAUAGGGUUUACUUUUAAAUUUUCAAAACACUGAAUUGGCCAAGGAUUUCCUUGGUCCAUAUUAUCCCAAGGGUCAGAGGCUGAAGGUCGCCUAGACCUGGGCAGAUGCUCACAGGUACUGUCGUGGCCUGGGCAAAUCUAGGCACGUCAGCCCUCAUUUCUAUUUCCUUUCCCACAUUCCAGCAAACAAGAGACUAGGCUUGAAGGGACCCACCCUCCUCUCCUCCGAUUCCUCGUGACGCCGCACGCCUCUUACUCUCCCCGGGGCUCAUCCGGGGGAAUGGGGCAGAUUAUGUCCCACCGGUUGGACAAACUAACGAGGGCGGGGAAAGGAAAAAAAAAAAAAAUCAGAAUAGGCAGCCAAUCAGAGCUCGGCACAAGCCCAGCCAAUCGGGUCGGGUCAAUUGGGGCUUAGCCAAUCGGACUCGAUGAGGAAGACCUGAGUCAGAGCUUGCGCCUCUCGCUUCCAGCUGUGGGUGGCGCUAGGCAGGUUCAGCCGGACCGGGUAGGGGUCCUCGCUCGCUAGCUCGCUGUUUCUCGGAGAAGCUCCCGAGUGUCCGGCCUAGAGGCCAUGAGAAGGCAGUGGGGGUCUGCCAUGAGGGCGGCCGAGCAGGCGGGCUGCGUGGUGAGCGCCUCCCGGGCCGGACAGCCCGAGGCGGGCCCAUGGAGCUGCAGCGGGGUAAUCCUGAGCCGUAGCCCGGGCCUAGUGCUUUGCCACGGGGGCAUCUUCGUCCCCUUCCUGCGAGCUGGCAGCGAAGCCCUGACCGCGGCCGGCGCCGUCUUCCUGCCUGGCGACAGUUGCAGCGACGACCUGCGCCUGCAUGUGCAGUGGGCCCCAACGGCCGCGGGUCCCGGGGGCGGCGCGGAGCGGGGCCGCCCAGGGCUGUGCACGCCCCAGUGCGCGAGCCUCGAGCCCGGCCCACCUGCCCCGUCCCGCGGGCGUCCCCUGCAGACCCGGCUUCCCGCUGAGCUGCUACUGCUGCUGAGCUGCCCGGCCUUCUGGGCCCACUUCGCGCGCCUCUUCGGUGACGAGGCAGCGGAACAGUGGCGCUUCUCGAGCGCGGCGCGGGAUGACGAAGUGUCGGAGGACGAGGAGGCGGAUCAACUGAGAGCGCUGGGCUGGUUUGCGCUGCUGGGCGUGCGGCUAGGCCAGGAGGAGGUGGAGGAGGAGCGCGGGCCAGCCAUGGCGGUGUCGCCUCUCGGGGCCGUGCCCAAGGGCGCGCCAUUGCUGGUCUGCGGCUCCCCUUUCGGCGCCUUCUGCCCCGACAUCUUUCUCAACACGCUGAGCUGCGGGGUGCUCAGCAACGUGGCCGGCCCGCUGCUGCUCACCGACGCACGCUGCCUGCCCGGCACCGAGGGCGGCGGCGUGUUCACCGCGCGGCCCGCGGGGGCGCUGGUGGCGCUGGUGGUGGCGCCGCUCUGUUGGAAGGCCGGCGAAUGGGUGGGCUUCACGCUGCUCUGCGCCGCCGCCCCCCUUUUCCGCGCCGCCCGCUACGCGCUUCGCCGCCUGCCCCACAGCACCGCUGCCCUGGCCGCCCUCCUGCCGCCAGAGGUGGGCGUCCCGUGGGGUCUGCCCCUCCGAGACUCCGGGCCCCUGUGGUCAGCCGCGGCAGUGUUGGUGGAGUGCGGCACCGUAUGGGGCUCCGGAGUGGCUGUGGCACCCCGCCUUGUAGUGACCUGUCGGCACGUGUCCCCUCGGGAAGCAGCCAGGGUCCUGGUGCGCUCCACCACCCCCAAGAGUGUGGCCAUCUGGGGCCAUGUGGUAUUUGCCACUCAGGAGACAUGUCCCUAUGACAUAGCAGUGGUGAGCCUGGAGGAGGACCUGGAUGAUGUCCCCAUCCCUGUGCCCGCUGAGCACUUCCAUGAAGGCGAGGCUGUGAGUGUGGUGGGCUUUGGCGUCUUUGGCCAGGCUUGCGGGCCCUCGGUGACCUCAGGCAUCCUUUCGGCUGUGGUGCAGGUGAAUGGCACGCCCGUAAUGCUGCAGACCACGUGUGCUGUGCACAGCGGCUCCAGUGGGGGACCCCUCUUCUCCAACCACUCAGGAAACCUCCUUGGCAUAAUCACCAGCAACACCCGGGACAAUAAUACGGGGGCCACCUACCCCCACCUGAACUUCAGCAUUCCCAUCACGGUGCUCCAGCCGGCCCUGCAGCUGUACAGCCAGACCCACGACCUGGGUGGCCUCCGUGAGCUGGACCGCGCUGCUGAGCCAGUCAGGGUGGUGUGGCGGUUGCAGCGGCCCCUGGCAGAGGCCCCGCGGAGCAAGCUCUGAGGCUGUGUUACCACCUUUGGAAAGAAGAGUGACCUUUUUCUGCUGUAGGAAGUGAUGUUGAGGUGACAGUGGCCUCAGGAUUCAGGGCCCAGCCCCUGCAGGGGCCCGGGCUGCCUCUCAUCUCCACCCACUGACUGCAGACUGGGCUUUGGGCUCUGGGGCAAACUUCUCUUCAGCCCCAUGGAUCCUUAACCUGGCAGCCCGUUUUGGGGUGCUUUCUUGAGCCCCCAGUUCUCUGUCCCCUAGCACUAGACUCAGCUGUAUUGUUUUUCCUUCUGGGGAGCCCACUCCAACUGCACAGAAGUUCUGGGCCUGACAGGUAGAUGCCAGCUGGAAGGCAGGCCCGUGCCUGGUUUUGCGUCUGUUCCCCUGAGGGCCAUCGUCAUCCUGGAGCUUCAAUGGGGCCUUGGCUCCUGUCUGCCUCUCAGUCAGAGUCAGGGCUGACAAAGGACUCAGCUUCCUUAGCAUCUCAGCUGAAACCUUGCUCUGAAGACCAGAGACAGAAGGGACAGAAACAGGAGUGCCUCCUGCUGUGCCAGGCCCAUGGGCAGUGCAGGCAGAUCCCUGAAGGUCAGCACUCCUGGGUCUUCAUAUGCCAACAGGGGCGCUCUUGACACUGUGCCUUCGUUUUCCAGCCCACAGCCUGGGUCUCAGGGAUCUUGAGGGGUAGAACAUGUCUGGUUGGGGCUUGGGAAUAAACAUGAUCUAUUGAAAAA